CGAACGUUGCAUGUGGCGUGAUGUUAACCAGCAAUGUACACAAAACUAUCAAGCGUAAUUUUUGUGCUGUGUGAGCACCUUUCGUGUUUUAGUUUUCUUGUUGAUUGUAAAUAUUCCUCUUAUUUCAUGCUUCGCGUUUUACUGUAGUGCUAUCGCGGUAUAUCGCGGUGAUUCAAUAGUACAUAGAUUUCGUUAACUGUGUUGAUUUUGUGUUGUGUGAGUGUCUUGUGAUAACUUUGUCAAGCUCAGCUGGUUUGCGGAGGCGAGCGGUAAAAAUUUCGCGAGUUUUUCUUUAAGUCACGGAUAGCACAUUUUGUGCUCUAUUUCCUCAUCUAAGCCCGUGAAACCGUAGCUCGAUUUUAAGCAAAGUAUGGGAACGUGACGUGACGUAAUUUAAAAAAAAGUGUUAAAAGUUAAAAAAGUGCUAAAAGUGCUUGAAGAUGAGUGAAAAAUCGGAAGCCGCUGUUGAAGCUACAACGCAUCCACCUGCACCGUCAUCAACUUCAUCAGACGCAGCUUCGGUCAGCACAACUGCAUCCACAGUGCCCAGAUCCGAAGCCACAAGACCUACAACCUUCCUGAAACCAUCGGGACUCAAGCCACCCACCAAGAUCGGAAGACUGUGUUCCAAUGCUGCACCAAAACCUGCUGUGCCAAUCUCUCCAAGAAGUGACGGCAGUACACCGGACACAGUGCGAAAAUUGAGUGAAGAUUCAUCUAGGAAAUAUUUAUCGGAUUUAAUCGAAGCCGAAGAAGACGAAGUUAGCAGCAGUUUGCCGGACAGGCCGCGUUCACAUCGCAAGGCAUCUACCAGCAGCCGAUCCAGUGUCACAUCCAUGGACGCCCUGUGGGAGAAACACCCGCGACGACUCAGUGAGGCCGGCUUGAGGCGUUCCUCAGAUCACAGUGUCGUGCUAACUGAGGACACGGACAGUUUUAUAAUCGGCGAACGAGUAUGGGUGGGUGGCACCAAAGCCGGCCAGAUCGCUUACAUCGGUGAAACACAGUUCGCUCCGGGCGAUUGGGCCGGCAUCGUUCUCGAUGAUCCUAUAGGUAAAAAUGACGGUUCGGUAGCUGGGUUUCGUUAUUUCCAAUGCCCUGAAAAACGAGGUGUAUUUUCUCGCCUCACUAGAUUGACAAGAGAACCGAUCAUAAGUCACGCACCACACGAUGCUUCCCCGAUAUCCGACGCCGGAAGCGUGUUCGAACGUCCACCUUCAGGCUCCGCGAGGCCCAGGCGGACGCUCUCACCGAACGGCAGUGUACGAAGCAUCGUCAGCAGCAAGAUGAAUGCUUCCAUUUCGACCACCACUAACGCAGACCUUCGCCUUGGCGAUCGAGUAAUAGUAUCGAGUAGCAGAGGCAGUAAGGCCGGUACUCUACGGUAUGUGGGCGUCACCGAAUUUGCGCCCGGCGUUUGGGGAGGUGUUGAAUUGGAUGACCCUCUAGGGAAAAACGAUGGGUCCGUUGAUGGCAAAAGAUACUUUGAGUGUGCUCCUCGUUUCGGUCUGUUCGCGCCGAUUACGAAGGUGUCGCGGUCGCCGUCGAACCGCAAGCCCGGGGCCUGCGCUAUCCACAGCAACGGUCGCGCGACUCCCCUGCGCCGUUCCAACUCGCGCGAAUCGCUGACGUCGCUCGGAACUUCGAUCGCGUCUUCCCGUGCGGGGGUGAGACUCGGGGUGACGUCGCUGGGUGCUCAGCGGGCUGGUCCACGCGCGUCCUCUACCCCGGUGUCGGCGAAGAACGCGUUGCAGGAGAUUCUACGAGAGAAACAGCAGCAUCUGGAGCGGUUGAUGCGUGAGAGGGAACUGGAUCGAACGGAGCUCACGAAAGCAUCGCUACAAGUUGAUCGCACAGAAACCGCGCUUGCUCAGAUAAAGAAAGAAGCAACACAGGCAAACAACGAAAAUGCGAAACUCAAGGCCGAACUGGACAAGCUCAAUAAGAUGCUGGAAGACGAACGACAGAAAGUCGAGGAUCUCAUGUUCAGGAACGAAGAAGAAAAUAUUAAUAAGGAAGACUACAAUAAAUAUAAGGAAGCCAUGGAGCAAGAGAAAGAAGCGCGAGAAAAACUAAUACGAGAUUUAGAAGCGGAAGUAGCGCUUCAAGCCGCCCGUGCAGAGACCACCGCUGCAGCGCUGCGAGCGCUUGAAGACCAGCGGAAUUCGGAGAUGAGUGCCUUAGCUGAACAACACAAGGAAGAACUGGUAGCUGCACAAACUUUGUCAUCGGAACUACAAAAGCUGCUCGACGAAGCUUACGCUCUUCUUAAAGAGAAGGAAAGCGAAAAAGAUUCUCUCGGUAAGAGCAUGUCGGAAGAACUGAGCAAAGUAAAAGCAGAAUCCGAAAAGGCUCUAAAUGAAGCUAAAUCCAAAAUAGCGAUCGCUCAAACUGAAUUUGAAACGCAGCUUUCAGUGCUCACGGCUAAGUUGCAACUGGCCGAAUCUAAAUUAGAGACUGAGAAACAAAAUGUAGAAAGGUUAAAUAAGGAAAAUAGUCAAAUAAUUGUAGAUCUUAAAAGUAAAUUAAUUUCACUCCAGGCAGCUGUUGAUGAUAAGACUCUAGAAUUAAAUAAAGUAACGGGCACGAGUAAGGAGCACGAAGUUAUUCUUAACAAGGAAAUAACAAAAUUAAAAAUGGAACUUAGUGCUAAAGUAUUGGACAUAGAGCAGCUACAAGAUGCCAAGAGAAAACAAGAGUCAACGUGCAACUCAUUGCAGGAGGAAAUUAUUCGUGUCAAAGAAGAAUUAUCUAAUAAGGUUAACGAAUAUGAAAGCUUUUUAAAUGAAGCUUCUCAACAAGACGAAAAAAAUAAACUAGAAAUACUAAAAUUGCAACAGAACCUUAGUGCCAAAACAAAUGAUUAUGAAAAAUUGCUUAGUGAAACGAAUAAUUCUUGCACCACAAACGAAAAACUUAUCCAUGAAUAUAAACAAACCAUACACGAAAGAGAUAAAGAGAUAAUAAAGCUGAAAGAUGAGUUCGAACAAACGACUGCUAAUUUCAAUAUCAAACACAGUAAAAUAGCGGAAGAACAUAAAAAAGAAAUAGAGGAUCGUAACUCUAAAAUAGAGCAGCUAAUAAAAGAAAUUGAAACUCACAAGCAAGCUUUAGAUCAAAGUAAAAUAGAACUCGAUACGUUGAAUACACAAUUUACAUUAAAUGCAGAUGAACUGAACUUGUUGAGAGAAGAAAAUAAAAAAUUAAAACAAUCUCUUUCAGAAGUUACAGAAGUAAAUACCGAACUUAAGAAAAAGUUGUCUGAAAUGGAAUUAGAAAUUGGUGAACUGAAACGUCAACUAAAUAGUGCUUUAGAAAAGUGUGACGAAAUACAAAAGUCGAAAGAAAAAGUAGAACAAGAAUAUCUAAAUGUUACUGGACAAGCUACUGAUUCUAAUGACCAAUUCAACCAACUUUCAAAACAUCUAAAAGAUACAGAAAAAGAGUUGCAAGAAUUAAAGGAUAAAUAUAGGGAAGCCACUAACAAUUGUGGGCGAAUCGAACAAGAAUUUAAGCAAAAAAUACUUAAGCUACAAGAAGACUUUUCCAUAGAAAGAAGUCAGCUUAUAGAAUCGAUAGAUUUAAACAUUGAAAAACUUAAUAUAGCUGAAAAUAAGAUUAGAGAGUUUGAAAUUAUUAUUUCUGAAAAUGAAAACCGUUUAAAAGAAUUUGAAAGUCAGAAUGAUAAAUUGCUAGAUGAAAAUACUAUAUUGAAAAAUGAAAUCGAGGCUCUAAAAGUUAAAGAGAAUGAACUUAAUAAUGAAUUUGAUGCCAUUCGAAAAAAACUUGAAGUAGAUAUUGACCGCUACAAAGAAGAAAUAUCGUUAUUGAAAGCCGAUGGAGCUACGUCUGAAGUAAAACUGAUGGAAAAAGUUGACCAAUUGACGGAAGCUCAAAAUGACUUGAAUAACAAACUCGAAGAAGCUCGAAAACAUGAAGACUCCCUACAAAAAGUCUUGGAUGAUAUGACUGCGCAAUUAAACAACCAAAAAAUGCAUUACGAAAAAGAAUUAAAUCAGCUUCAAGUUCAACUGAAUGCUGUAAAUGAGGGUGUAAAAACUCAAAAGGACGAGGAGUGUAGAUUAAAACAAUUAAUUGACGAGAAACAAAAUUGUAUAAAAGAUUUAACACUGAAAUUAGAAAUGAUAGAAAUAGAUAUUAAAUCUAGUGCAGAAAUCGUAUCUGAAAAAGAUCGCCAGUUGUCUCAAGUGACUGACGAGCUUAACAAAGCAACUGAAAUGAAAAAUAAAUUAGAAGAACAGUUAAAUCAGUCAGUUCUGGAAACAACGUCCCUUAAGCAACAAUAUGAAGCUCUUUUAAAUAAUUCUUCUACAGAAGAAUCUAUUUUGAAAGAACAGUUGAGACAAUUUGAAGCGAUAAAAACAGAAAAGGCAACUUUGAUUAAUGAUAAAACAUUAUUGGAAGCCAAAUGUAAUGACUCGAUCAAUGAAAUUAUAGCCCUUAAGAAUCAACUUGAAGAGGGAAAUUUAAGAUUAAAAGAAUGCCUUGAAAAUAUAUCUUCUUUGAACAAUGUAAUCAAUGAAAAAGAUACCAUCAUCAGAUCUCAGAAUGAAAAAAAUAAUGCUGACUCAAAUAAAAGCUUGUUAUUAGGAGAAGAAUUAACAAAACUUCAAGAAGAAUUAAAAAAUAAAAACAAUUUAUUGGAAGAAAAACAACUAGCGUUAAAUAAAUUAAAUGAAGAUGCAAUUUUGAAAACGAGGCAAAUGAUGGAUUCUAUGGAGCUCUUAGAAAACGAAAACUCCGUAUUAAAAGCAAAAUAUUCCAGCGAAAUCGAAUCUCUAAAUGCCACAAUUAAAACAUUACAACUUAAUUUAAAGAAUCAAGAAAAAGAUCUUCAGGAGCUAGAACUUUCUAAGGAAAGAGUUUUAGAGUUACAAAAUUUAGUAUCUAAAUCUGACAACGAUAUAAAACAAUUAAAUAAUAUAAAUGAGGCACAGAAAUUGAACUACGAAGAUCUAAAUAAACAGUUACAAACCCAGUUCGAUGAAUAUAGAAAGGAAAGCAAAACUAUGCGACACGAACUAAGGAAUAAAAUUAACGAUUAUGAAAAACAGUUGCAGGAUUCUAAAGAUAAAAUUGCGUCAGAAACAGAAAAUCAAAACAAACUUCAAAAUAAACUUACUGAAGCUGAAAAAGAUGUAUUAGAAUUAUCUCAAAAAUUAGAAUUAUUAGCAGUACAACAAAACAGUGAAAGCAGUAAAGACGAUAGAUUAGAAAAACUGACUUUAGAAUUACAAGCCACGAGGAAAACUUGCUCCGAGGCAUUAUCCAAUGGUGAAAAAGUCAUAAGUAAAUUAAAAGCUGACGUAGAAAAUAACAUAAAAGAAAUGAAAUUCAAAGAUGAUUUAAUUAUGAAACUGCAAGAAGAUCUCAAGAGUCAUAAAGCCAAAGUAGAAAUAGCAGAAAGAGAAAAACUUAUCCUACAGAAAGAAAUUGGAAAGAAAGGCCAAGAAAUACGCGACAAAAAUGACAAUAAUGCCACGGGCCUUUUGGGAGAAGGUGAUAAUGCAUCGCAAAAUUUAGAAGAAAAGGAGAUGAUAGACGGUCAAGUGAGCUUUUUGAACUCUGUGAUAGUGGACAUGCAGCGUAAGAACGAGCAGCUGAUGGCGCGCGUGCAAGCUCUGGAGGGGUCGACCGUCCCUGCCGAGCCGCCGCUAUUCAAUGGUCGCAAAGCCCGCGCCGCGGCGCCGCGGCUGUUCUGCGACAUCUGCGACGUGUUCGACGCGCACGACACGGACGACUGUCCGCGACAGUCCGUCGAGCCCGACGCACCUCCUUCCGCGAAGAAAGUGCCGCCGCCGGCCAGACCUUACUGCGAAAUCUGUGAAGUGUUUGGACACGCUACAGAGAACUGUGAUGAAGAAGAAACUUUUUAAAACUAUUUAUUAACUUUAGUUCUAAUGUUACCGUUGUUGAUGUUACUCGUUUUCUGUAUUUAGGUAUUAUUUAUUGUUUACCAUACAAAUAUGGUACAUUGUUUUAAUAACGAAUAAAAAUAGGAAAAUAUUUGUAAAUAAGGAAAACGACUCCAUAACUUAUUAUGUUUGCAUGUUUUAAAGGUAAUGGUGUUAUAUUUUUUCAUAUUCAUUAUCUGGAUAUAAUGUUUAUUGAGAAAACGUUUUUAGACACAAAUUGAUUUUCUUCUCAAUCAUGGUUUUAACAUUUAUCACACUGUAUUAUGUAAAGUAACAAACACCAAACGUAUUACGAUUUUGUAAAACAAUAAAUUGAUUUUAAAAUUA